AUGUCUUCCCCCAACCUCUUCCUCUGGGACCACCCCAUGUCCUCCUACGCCCAAAAGAUCCGUAUGGCACUGCGCUUCAAAGAUCUUCCCUUUGAAAAGGAAACCCCACCGAACCUAGGCUCCGGCGAGCCCAAUUCCUCCUUCCUCUCCGCAGGCCCACGCAUGGAAGUUCCCGCUCUCGUUGUCAAGAGUGGAAGCGGAGGUGAAGAGUUCAAGCUCUUCGAUUCCACGGCCAUCAUGAUGUACCUCGAAGAAGCUUUCCCAGAAUCUCCCAGUAUGCUUCCCCGUGAUCCGAAAGCUCGCGCCGAAGCGAGGAUGAUCGAAGAACUUUGCGAUACGCAUUAUGAAGCGAUUAAUUGGGCUAUGGGGGAGAUCAAUUGGUUCAAGAGGGCCGAGGGCUCUGAAGCUGAGCGCCUUGUCGCUGCUGCGAAAGAGCAGACGGGUCAAAUUCUAGCUUGGCUCGAAAGUAAAAUUGGGGAGAAGAAGUUCUUUAAUGGUGGUGAAGGGAUUGGUUAUGCGGACUUUUGUGUUGCGCCGAUUUUGAAUCGGAGUGUUAUUAAUGGGUUGGGGCCUGUGAAAGGGUCGAAGUUACAGCUUUGGCAUGAGAGAAUUAGUGGGAUUGAGUGUGUGAAGAAGACUUAUGCGGAAGUGGAAGCUGCGGCGCCGUUGAUGAAGAAGAUGGGCCCUGAUGCGUGGAAGAAGGGAAGUGGGAGGAGGAGAGAGUAUAGAGAUCAUCGGUUGGAGUGGUUGGUCAAGAAUGGGGCUAUCGGGAUUGUCUUAAAAGGUCUCGAGGAUGAGAAUAUCAGGUUUUCGUGGCCGCAUCCGGCGUCUGGUGGAGAAGGAGGGGGCAAGUUGUAG